CGUGACGUCACAUUUCGCACUGUACCAGGAAGAAUCAUCGGCAAAGUUUUUCAUUAGCAGUAUUCGAUUAAAUUAACUAAUAAAGCGAUUAAUCUGGAUUUUUUUAAUGAAUAUUUUAACAGAAGAGCCUAAAGUCUGAGAUUUUGAUGUCGGUGGCACAAUGGAAGAGAGGAAGGUAAAGAGGAAAAUUUCAAGACCAUCAACCAACCAGGCUGCACCUCCAGUCAACGCCCGGGGCAGAAUCACUUCCAGCGGCAAAUCCAUCGGCUUUAGCAAUGCGAAUCAAAAAACAAGAUAUCGUCGAGGCGUAAGAGACAAACUAAAGCCACAGAGUCAGUUAAGUAAGGGCAGCCAGUCAACUUCUAUUCAGCAUUCCUUCCUUACAGAUGUGUCUGAUGUGCAAGAGAUGGAAAAAGGCCUGCUUAGCCUUCUAAAUGACUUUCAUUCUGGAAAACUCCAGGCCUUUGGUGACGAGUGUUCCAUUGACCAAAUGGAGCAUGUACGAGAGAUGCAGGAGAAACUGGCCAGUCUGCACUUUGACCUCCAUGGAGAGGUGGAUAAAAUGCCUGAGGAUGAGCGUAAGCUUGCCUUCGACGUCAACAUGGAUAAACUGUUAUUAAAUCUCGAAGAAUUAAGUUCUUCAAUACAAAAGUUAAACCUCGCCGAUAACCAGGAUGCCCCAAGAACAUCAUCCAGCAUGUGAACGGACGGAGCUCCAACGACUGUUGCAGUGCAGAGUUUAAUAUAUUUGUUGCACAAGAACAGCAUGUGAACCAGUAUUACAGUUAACCAUCAGCAACAUUGUGGAGUUGUGAACCUAUUAAACUGCCUUAAUUUCACUAUGUAGUUUUUAAAUGGCACAUAAAGCGGCAGUCAGCAUAUUAUCCAAAACACAUUCUUCACCAGGGUAAUUUUGAUGUGGCUUGACCAAAUUACAAUGUAUGAACUAAGUAAUGUAUUUAUUUCCUCUUCCUAUAAUAAUUGUGCACACACACUGUAUGUAUAUAACACGUACACACCACACAAACAUAUGAACUAUCCUUUUUAAAUUUGAUCGAAAUAUUCUUAUCUUUUAUUUUAACUUUAUAAUUUUGAUUUAUAAACACUGGCAGAGAUUUCAAAGACUUUAACUUUUGAUUUUAACCCUAAACACUUACAAUUAGGAUAAUUUGCCUUAUUGCGGUGUUGAAAAAUAUGCAAAGGAAAUGUCUGUAACUGAGACUACUUGGUGAAAUGUUAUUUUUUAUAUAAGACUUUGUGUAUACUAAUGUACUUUAUUUAAAGUAAAAUGAUUUACACCUACUAAUAAAAUCAGGUGACCGAAAAA